CAUGUGACUUGCGGGGGCGGGGCCACGCUGGCUGCUUCCCUGCCGGGUUGAAAAGGCUCUCGUAGCCGGCCUUCUCGGCCCUUAAAGCGCCCAGCUGGCGGCCUAACCUGAAUUCCGCUCGCCGAUCCGCUUGGAGGGAGUAGCUAUUCUCUCCCGUCAGCGCCCCCGGGUCCGCUGCCUCCUCUUCUCUUAGCUGGGCCCUGAGGGCCACUGCUGCGGAGCCUAUGGCCGCCGGGAAGCCAAGAUCCGAGAGUCCGGAGAGUAACCGGAAGUGCUGUCCCUAGCCCGAGGGGCGGCGCCGGCGGCUAGCGGGGAGAGGGAAGAAUUGAAUGCUGUGAAUGGUUCUGGACUAGAGACCUUUUGGAACUAAAGGGAAGACAGUCUCCAGUCUUUCCUUUUUUGGUGUUUUCAUCAGGAUUGGAUGUUGCUUUCUUUUGAGUUCUUUCAGCAUCCGUGGAGCUAAUCAUGAUUUCCCUCCUUAGGUGCCAUCGAGCUGGUUCGAAACACUGCCCAGUCGUGCGCCUUCUCACAGUCGUCGUUAUGCUUGCGUCCAUUGUUGCAGUCACUGAGUCAAUCCAUCUCCUUGAGGGCCUUCCUCAUUUUCACUGAUCCUCCAUUAUACCAAGCACGAUGUUCUUCUCCAGGGACUGGUCCCUCCUGAUAACAUGUCCAAAGUAUGUACGAUGAAGUCUCGCCAUCCCUUCUUUUAAGGAGCAUUCUGACUACUUCUUCCAAGACAGCUUUUUUGUUCUCCUGGCAGUCCAUGAACACUGUCUUCCUUGAGAAGGCAAAUUCUCAGGACCAGGAAGUGAACACUGCCUUUCUUCCAUCUAGAUUCUAGGUUUGGAAAUACCAAGUAAGAAAUUAGUAUAUAUGAUGCUGGAAACUUGUAGAUGUAAACUGCCCAUGACUAAAAGGCCUGAAAAAGAUGUAUCUUUCAAAUUCUUAUCUAGAAAAUGACUGCUAAGACAAUGAUGGGUCAAGAAGACCAGUGGAAGACUCCCUAGGAGAGAGCCAUAGAAGAUGUACACUUCAGAAGAGAGCUGUAACCAGAGAACUCAAAAAAGAAAAAUAUAUCAUGUAUGCCCUCAGAAGGGUAGAAAGAUUUUUAUUCAUGUGCAUAAGAUUACUCAAAUAGAUGGUCAGAUAUACCAGUGCCUUGAACGUGAGCGAAACUUCUGUGAAAACUUAGCUCUUAUUAUGUGUGAUAGAACCCAUACUGGGGAGAAACCUUAUAGAUGUGAUAUGUGUGAGAAAACCUUCAUCCAAAGCUCAGAUCUUAUUUCACAUCAGAGGAUCCACACUUACGAGAAACCUUAUAAAUGUAGCAAAUGUGAGAAGAGUUUUUGGCACCACUUAGCCCUUUCAGGACACCAGAGAACCCAUGCAGGUAAAAAAUUCUAUACAUGUGACAUUUGCGACAAGAAUUUUGGUCAGAGCUCUGAUCUGCUUGUCCACCAGCGAAGCCAUACAGGCGAGAAACCUUAUCUAUGUAGUGAAUGCGAUAAAUGCUUCAGUCGAAGUACAAACCUCAUAAGGCACCGAAGAACUCACACAGGUGAGAAACCAUUUAAGUGUCUGGAGUGUGAAAAAGCUUUUAGUGGGAAAUCAGACCUUAUUAGCCACCAGAGAACUCAUACUGGUGAAAGGCCCUACAAAUGUAAUAAGUGUGAGAAGAGUUACCGACACCGUUCAGCCUUCAUUGUACAUAAAAGAGUUCAUACUGGGGAGAAGCCCUAUAAGUGUAGUGCCUGUGAGAAAUGCUUUGGCCAGAAAUCAGACCUUAUUGUGCACCAGAGAGUUCACACGGGUGAAAAGCCCUAUAAAUGCUUGGAAUGUAUGAGAAGUUUUACUCGGAGUGCCAACCUAAUCAGGCACCAGGCAACUCACACUCACACAUUUAAAUGCCUUGAAUAUGAGAAAAGUUUUAGCUGUAACUCAGACCUUAUUUUACAUCAGAGAAUUCACAUGGAGGAGAAACCACAUCAGUGGUCAACCUGUGAGAGUGGCUUCAUCCUAGGGAUGGACUUUGUUGCCCAGCAGAAAAUGAGAACUCAGACAGAGGAGCUGCAUUAUAAAUACGGUGUUUGCGAUAAAGGCUUCCACCAGAACUCAGCACUUCUUCAACACCAGACAAUCCACAUUGGUGAAAAACCAUAUGUCUGUAAUGUGGGUGAGAAAGGGGUGGAGCUCAGCCCUCCCCGUGCUUCAGAAGCCUCACAAAUGUCUUGACCAGACAAGAAGUUAUAAUACUAUAUGAAAACGUGUUACAUGUCAGAGAACUCACUAAGAUGAAAAACCUUAGGCAUAUCCCAACAGUGAAAACAGACUUUGCUCAGAGCUCAGACCUCAGUGGGGACAAGAGAAUCAGCACUUGCAGGAAGUGUCAGAAACGUUUUGCCCAGAGAGCUGCCCUAACAGAACACCUUAUCAUUCUCCAGUGAGAAAACCUACAAAUGCCCUGAGUUUUGGAAAACCUUUAGUCCAGACUCAAAUUUGAUCACCUACAAUAGGAUUCAGACAGAUGGGAAACCUUAUAAUGCAGUGAAUAUGAGAGAAGUUUUUAGCAGUGCUCAACCCUCCUCGGUCCAAGAGAAUUGACACAGAACAUCUUUUAAAUCCCUCAUUGUCAGUAAUGCUUCAGGCAAUGUGCACAUCUCGUUGGACACCAGAAAACUCACACUGUGGAGAAGUUCCAACAAGUGUGAGAAUAGCUUCUAACAGAACUCUGACUUUCUUACCAUCAGAGAACCCGUACUGUUGAAAAAUUCUGUAUUUGUCUUGAGUGUGGCAGAAUCAUCAGUUGGAGAGCCUAGUUGCAUUU